AUGGGUUUUGCUGGAGACACGUGUUCCCAGCCGCACCCACGGGAAUCCUUUAUUUGCGGCCGGAAUUCUUUCGUAGGAAUACCGAAACCUAUCAUAGAAACUCAUAGGAAUGACGCACUAAUUAUAGGAAUAAAAAUAAUUCAGGGAAACCAAUUAUUGACCAUAGGUGGGGCUGGAGACACGUGUUCCCAGCCCCACCCACGGGAAUCGUUUAUUUGCGGCCGGAAUUCUUUCGUAUUAAUUCCGAAACCUAUCAUAGAAGCUCAUAGGAAUGACGCACUAAUUAUAGGAAUAAAAAAAAUUCAGGGAAACCAAUUAUUAGCCAUAGGUGGGGCUGGAGGUACGUGUUCCCAGCCGCACCCACGGGAAUCGUUUAUUUGCGGCCGGAAUUCUUUCGUAGGAAUUCCGAAACCUAUCAUAGGACCUCAAAGGAAUGUCGCACUAAUUAUAGGAAUUAAAAAAAUUCAGGGAAACCAAUUAUUAGCCAUGGGUGGGGCUGGAGACACGUGUUCCCAGCCCCAAACACGGGAAUCGUUUAUUUGCGGCCGGAAUUCUUUCGUAGGAAUUCCGAAACCUAUCAUAGGACCUCAUAGGAAUGUCGCACUAAUUAUAGGAAUAAAAAAAAUUCAGGGAAACCAAUUAUUAGCCAUGGGCGGAGCUGGAGACACGUGUUCCCAGCCGCACCCACGGGAAUCCUUUAUUUGCGGCCGGAAUUCUUUCGUAGGAAUACCGAAACCUAUCAUAGAAACUCAUAGGAAUGACGCACUAAUUAUAGGAAUAAAAAUAAUUCAGGGAAACCAAUAA